GUGGAGAGAGGGGGAGUGCCAGAGAGACAGAGGGGAGGAGAGAGUCAGCAUGCAUCUAUGUAGGGUCAGUAUCACAUGCUCAGCUCUUGCACACCACACUCUUGUUGAUUCUCUCAGCUUUGAUGUCACUGAGCUGUGUGUGUGCUGUAUCUGACAGUCUACUACCUACCUGCUUUCUUUUUGCUUUAUUUCUUGUUAAGAGGGAGGCAUGAACUUGCAAAGAACUACGCUGUGUGAUUCACACCUUUGCUGAGUCAAAAGAGCUCCUCUUAUCUCCACGGCCAGUGCAGUGAGAAACAGAGUCAGCCAUUCUCGUGCUGAGGACAUUGAGCACGUUUAAAGGUGAGAAGAGGUGGAAGACAGACGAAGAGAGGGUGGUCUGCCUGAUGGCAGAGAACUGGAUGUCCCAGUGAGGUCAGGUGGGACGGGAGGUUAUGGGGUCAUUUACGCUGGGGAAAGCUGCUUCCCUGGAGCAACUGCUGGACGUCUGCAUUCAUGCAUUUGAUGAUGAAGGAGAGCUGCAUGAAAAUCAGCUUCCUCGAACCCUUCUGCUGAUGCACCGCUGGUAUGUGUCGUCCACCGAGCUCGCUGAGAAACUUCUGAUUAUGUAUCGUGACUGUCAAGGAGAUGACUGCCAGCAGACACGACUGAGGAUCUGUUAUUUAAUGAGGUACUGGAUUGUUAAAUUCCCUGCAGAGUUUGAUCUGGAUCUGGGCUUAAUCCGUCUUACAGAAGAAUUCAGAGAAGCAGCCGCUCAGCUUGGCGGCGACGAGCACAUUAAACUACUUGAUAUUUCUACGAUUCCUUCGUAUGACUGGAUGCGUAAACUGACUCAGCGAAAGAAACAGGUAAAGAAGGGGAAAGCGUCGCUGCUGUUUGAUCAUCUGGAACCAAUUGAACUGGCUGAACAUCUCACCUUUUUAGAGUACAAGUCCAUCAGGAGGAUAUCGUUCACAGAUUAUCAGAGUUAUGUGAUUCAUGGCUGUCUGGUGGAUAAUCCCACAUUAGAGCGCUCCAUAGCCCUGUUUAACGGGAUCUCUCAGUGGGUUCAGCUGAUGGUGCUCAGUAAACUCACCCCUCAGCACAGAGCAGAGGUCAUCAACAAAUAUAUCCAUGUUGCUCAGAAAUUGCUCCAUUUGCAGAAUUUUAACACAUUGAUGGCUGUGGUUGGGGGUCUGAGUCACAGCUCGAUUUCCCGCUUGAAGGAAACUCACUUUCACCUCAGCCCAGAAGUCACCAAGAUCUGGAAUGAAAUGACAGAGCUGGUGUCAUCGAAUUGCAAUUACUGUGCAUACCGCAAGGCCUUCAGUGAAUGUGAAGGGUUUAAGAUCCCAAUCCUAGGCGUUCACCUGAAAGACCUGAUCGCUGUACAUGUGGUGUUCCCGGACUGGGGGGAGGACGGGAAAGUGAACAUUGUGAAGAUGCAACAGCUGUAUCUCACCUUUAAUGAGCUGGUGUCUCUCCAGAGCGCCGUGGCUCAGGUGGAACCCAACAUGGAUCUGAUCUAUCUGCUCACUCUGUCUUUGGAUCUGUAUUACACAGAGGAUGAAAUUUAUGAGCUGUCCCUGCUCAGGGAACCCCGUAACCCUAAAUCUCAGCCCACAUCGCCCACAACCCCUAACAAGCCUCUGGCUCCACUGGACUGGGCAUCUGGAGUCACCACCAAACCCGAUCCCUCAGUGGUCAACAAACAUAUCAGGAAGGUUGUGGAUUCUGUGUUUCGUAACUAUGACCAUGACCAUGAUGGUUACAUAUCCCAGGAGGACUUUGAGAGUAUCGCUGCAAAUUUCCCCUUUCUGGAUUCCUUCUGUGUGCUUGAUAAAGACCAGGAUGGAUUGAUCAGUAAGGAUGAAAUGAUUGCAUAUUUCCUGCGUGCCAAUCCAUUGUUACAGUGCAAAAUGGGGCCCGGUUUUAUUCACAACUUUCAGGAGAUGACCUACCUGAAACCGACUUUCUGUGAACACUGUGCUGGAUUUCUUUGGGGGAUUAUUAAACAAGGAUACAAGUGCAAAGACUGUGGGGUUAACUGUCACAAGCAAUGUCGUGAGCUGCUGAUUUUGGCGUGCCGGCGUCUCCCUAGGUCCACCUCGUUGGGCAGCAUGUCACAUGGUGCGCUCACACACAGCUCUUUACCCAACAGCCCCACCCUGCCCACCAGUAAAGAUGAUGAUGAGGUGUUUACGUUCCCUACUGUCUCACCUUCGUCUGGUUCUGAUCUGGAGGGAAAGUCCAUCACGCUGAUGACCGGUUCAGCCCAGCGGAUCUCAGUCCGGCUCCAGCGAGCCACCACCAGUCAGGCCACGCAGACAGAACCCAUGUGGCCAGAAAAUGGCUGGGCUGCCGUUGCUGACAGUGGCUCACACACCUUCCCCAAGAUGAGGUAUAGACGACACCGCAAAGCAUCCAAGAGCAAAGGCUUUGCACGCUGGGAGAACGACACACAGAGUUCAGCAGGGACGAAUCGCACUCGCAGGGAUUCACAGGAGCCCAGCGAAGAGCCACAGCAGAACAGACUUAUAGGACAACAUACUGACAAAACUAAAACCUCUGAGAUCAGCUGACUUGUCCGCUCUGUGGGCCCAAGAAGGACACCCUGGAGCCAGACAGGACCAUGGCCCAGAGGGCUCUCCUCUCUAGGGGGUAUGCUGGGGUGCCUCCUGCCUCCAGUGGAUCGGGAAUAGGUGCAUUAGGCAACCCGCUGACUGAACGGGGUUGAGGGAGGGGUUACAUCAAAGGAAAGGUCUCGGACUCAACAGGGAGACUAUAAUGCUGUGUUCUCCUCUUUGGAGUUGAGAAACUGGACUGUAAUGGACCGAUUGAAAACUCAGGAGACUCUUGCUAAGUAUCAGUGUAAACUGAUGUGAAGGAUACAUUGGUGUUUACUGUGACAGAUAAAUGAAUUAGAUGUGUGUGUGUGAACAAGAUGAAAAGAGAGUCCAGGAGACUUUUGUACAGAAAUAUCAAUGUGAAUGUUCUUAUUUAAGGGUUGAGGUGGACGUGUAUUCAACACACGCUCUGCUUGGUGUAUUUUUUUUUACUCUGAAAACACUACACGUUGGAUUUUAUUUGGAAGUUUAAGGUGGCUCUGGCAUGUGCUGUUACGGAGGAUAGGUGUCUAAGAAAAUUAAUAACACUAACUGUGUUUAUGGGUUUGCCCAGCAACACAUUAUGAUUUGAAGUGGAAGGUACAUAGACAAAAGAUAAGAAGUGGAUAUAAUGAAAAAACUGAUCUAUGCUUUUUCAAGGAGCUAAAGAUUGAUUGUUUCAUUUAUGGUUUGCUUCAUACUUGUGCAGAACUUUGUUUUUGCUUGGCCAUGUUUGAUCCCUGUGCUUCAAAGAAAAGGCAUGUGCAAGCUGGAUGAAGUCCUUAAUGGGAUAGUCACUCAAAAAUUAAAUUCUGACAUAAUUUACUCAACCUCAUGUUGUUCCAAAGCAGAAUGGCUAUCCUUUUUCGGGAAACACAAAAGGAGACAGGGAUGGCCGUGGCCACUGACUUUCAUCGAAUGGAAAACAGCAGCUUGGAUAUUCUGCUAAACCUCUCCUUUUGUGUUCAAAGAUAAUUGGUGACCUAAUUUACAUUUUUGGGUGAACUAUAAUUAAGGGAUAACCUCUGACCUUUUGCAUAAUUACAGGAGUAUUGCUUAGCAACAUAUGCUAUAUAAGAGUGAAGUGAUCUUUAUAUCUACAUAAAUUCAGAGACCGAUAUUUUUUACCGACACAGGUGUUUGCAUGGCCUUUGUUGCUAAGCGUCAGACGAUUUAGUUGGGCGGCUAGUCCAUCGUCAAGGCAACACAGAGUUCAGCGUCCUUCAGCACCAUAUGUUCUGAAAUGAGUUUCACACCCAGAUCCAGGGCAGACAGACAUCUCGGCUCAGUGAGACACAGAAAGGCUCAGACGGACAGGCCUGAUAUGAUCGUCUCUGCAGAUAAUGUACAGUAUGUGAGAAAGAGUCAGUAACCAUACAGGUAUAUCAACAGAUCAAAUAUGAAAAACUGGUUUUUAAGCCCAUAGGAUUAGAUGCAUUUUUCAGCUAUGAAUUUUGUGGAUAUCUGAUGUGAUUUUGGGGUCAUAAUAAUAACACAAAUGGUUUCAUGACUUGCUUAUGAUUCCAAGAGCCCUGGCAUUCCAGAACCUUAUAUAGGUAGGUUCUAAAUCUCAUAGACUUAACCACUGAGCACACAUAUUAUUUGAUUCAUGGGGUAUGAAAAGCAUAUCAACAGAAUUUCAUGACAAACACUUUUUACAUUAUAAAAUGUGAAAAACAGACUGUUGUAGAAUCAUAAAAUGUCGAACCUUGUGCUGACUGUAGUGAGAUUAAUGUUUCCGAUCAUGUUUAUGGUUCAUGUGUGGUCUACUUGAGGAAAUGUUUAUUUUUCUACUGUAAUAAGAAAACAAAUGACUUUGAUAUGGAAAAGGUUGAGAUUCAAAGUAAUUUUGAAUUUUGAGACAAUAUCAUUCUUCAUAUUCACAAGGUGGUUCUUGCUUCUUAUUUUGAACUUCAAUAUAUCUACAAAAUUUUAAGCAGGCUAAUUUAUGGUUCUAAGGGUGAAAUCGGGUUGUCUUUGCAGUGAGCAAGUCAUCUCAGGGUCUCCGGGGUGCCAGUGACAAUAACCUUGACCCACAAAACUGAAUAUUAAACAUCAAGGGAUUUUUACUGACUGGAUUAUUUACGUAAUUUAGCUUGAAAAAAAAUGUGUAUAUCAAUUCUGAUGUAAAUGUUAAAUGAUUAUUUUAAAAUUAUUUAAAUUAUAGUGUUUUUUUUUUUUUUUUUUUUAGAAUAUUUGGAUUUAGAGGUUUAUAAUCUGCUUUAACUGGAAUGAUGUCUUUGAAGAACUUCACUUGUACAAAUAUGUCUCAUAAUUUCUCCAAUCUUCCCUUUUCUGUUAAUGGGGAAACCUCUUAAUAAACACACUAACCUUGCACAGACUAAGCUAUUCAAAACUUUCAUUGUUAGUCUUACAAAACCAAAACAAUAUCUGAAUUAAACUCUUGU